AUGCAAAGCUUAGCUUUACAAAGUGCUCAUUUUGAUGCGUUUUGCCCAAGUCAGGUUUCUUCCGCGGGAUCAGUUCAGUUUUCUGCCUCGACAAUGAGUCUUACACGAGUUCAAGAUGUUUCAGUACAAGACAUCCAUAAAAGGAAAAAGCCUCGAAAACACUAUGUAAGUCAGUAGUUCUGUGUUGUCCUUUGUCUUGUGGCAAGUCGCCACCCUUUUCUCGCCCCAGGCCAUGUAAGGGAAUCCAAGACAGUAUUGGAUUCUGGAUUGCACGCUGUGGGUUCCAGGUACUGUAUUCAGUAGUCUUUAGCAGUGGAAAUUGGAUUCCGGAUUCCAAAGACUAACGUUCAUCUCCGCCUGACUUAUUCUGUCUUACAACUUCUUUAUUCAAACAUAAUCAGUCGGGUUGGAACAAUCGCAAAAAAGGUUCAAAUGAUUAUAAUUUUCUUCAGGAUGCUUUUGAUGGCAUAGCCGUUGUUGGAACGUUAGUUCCCAACUGAUUGCGAACGAUCAAUCCCCUUGGGAGUCAGUCAUGAAGUUUAAAAUCGCCCCAUGCAAGGGAAUCAGGGAAAAUUUUCUUGUGGAUUCCGGAAUCCUUACUAUAAAUUAAGUGUAUCGUUCAGGGCUGUUGGUAAAGAAACUAAAUAUUAUCCAUCAUCUGCACGGAUCAAUUGAGGUUUCUGGGUAACUGACCACCUACCCCUCCCCUAAGUCACAAUUUUGCCCAAAAUGAAAAGUAAGUGUUAAUGUUGACUUAGGAAGGGGAAGGUGGUGAGUUACCCAGAUUAAACCACAAUUCAUCUGAGCUAACUCAGGACAUUAUGUAAUGAAUGAUUAGGCAUACGUCAUCCAUGUUCAGUGGCAAGAUGGGCCAAUCAUUCCAGUUUACAGAAGUUACGACACCUUGCUUGAACUGCAGGUAACAAUAUUCUUCUAUUUCUACUCGUUUUUGUACCUCUGUACGGCACACUGUUUUCGCUUAUUUUGUGACAGCGCGGAGGGUGGAACCGAUACAAUAUCCGGGUUACGUUAUCACAGUUAUUAGCUGUCUUGCCAGUUAUCUGUCCUGUAAUUCUACAUCGCAUCCACUAAUAACCUCGUCUGUAUUCUUAUUUGAUGCAAAUCAAUAUUUGAAACUAGGUAAUAAAAGUGCUGAUCUCAAUGUGUGUUACUAAAUUACUCUCACUGAGGCAAUGCCAACACGUAUUCUUUUUUGUUCAAAAAAGAGGUUUUUUUUAUCCGUUUCGGCCUACCGUCUACAAGUAUCCGGUGACCGAAAACGCAUCUUUUCAAAACGCUCUCCAGCCUGGUGAGUUUAGGAAACGUCAGCUUCUCAUUUACACGUGGACAGAAGAAAACGGAGGUUUUCAAUUACAGUGAUGUCAGAAACCGAUCAAUCGGUUCCUGGAUGAUAUCAUACAUCAUAUACUACGCAUGCUCUGUGAGAAAUGCUAUCGAAAUUCGUGUGCACGGACGAAAGCGAUUCAAAUUUGCUGCUUGUGGACACGUGUUUUUUUUUUUCUUCAAAAUCGGAGGAAUAUUUGGAUACGUAUGGCGGGACCUGAAAGUCUUUCCCAGCCCAUGUUACUCUUUAAAAAUGAGCAGAUAAAAUAGCCUCGUCCUGAGGAGAAUUUUGGCACGAACUGCACGAGCUGCACGUGCAACUAUUUAACAAUUUGCAUAAUAAACACAUCUGCAUAUAUUACCACUGUCAGUUGACUUCCUGGUUCAGUUUGAGUUCAGAAGCCUGCCAGGUUAUGUUUGUCUCAACUCACAAUAAGCGCAAAAGUUCGUUAUUGAUCAAGCUGUAUACAAGCCAAAACUGCCUUUACGAACUCAGAACUUUCCCCAAUCUAAAGAUUGAGAAUUUAAGAUUCGGAAAGGCCAAUAGAUAAACUAUUCAUAGAUUUUUCAACUCUCAUGAAUUCCGCCCGGCUAGCUCAGUCGGUAGAGCAUGAGACUCUUAAUCUCAGGGUCGUGGGUUCGAGCCCCACGUUGGGCGUUGUUUUUUUUUUUUUUUUGGAGGUGGGUGGAGGCACUAUCUGAAAAAGGGAGUAUAUGAACCCCGUGAUAUUUAACUUUUUAUUUCAAUUUCUUCAGGAACAGUUAUUGCAAAACGGGAAAGAAGAAGACAUUUCUACAAUAACUCUUAAAGGUAACCUGCCAUCAACUGAACGUGUCGUUUUGGCCACGUUUACCGUAGACGAGAUUUUUCCGGAUUCAAAAAUAAUUCCAGAUCUAUUGCAUUUAGGGUUGCCGAAUUUACGGGCGUUUGCAUGUCCAUCUGUAAAUCCCAAAAAAAUUCAUUCGGAUAUAAAGGAUUCACCUAAAAUUCCAUUUAGAUUUAGGCCGAGACCUAUUCGGAGUUCGAUUCUCAAAACAGGGAUCGGGUAGAAUUAGUAAGGCUAAUAGUCGAGCUCAUAGGUUAGUCUUGUGUCUUAACGAGCGACUCGGUCGGUACACUACUUAACAAUUUACUGCUCUGGUGGUUUAUGAUAGCUGGAUAUUUUUCCAGUGUAAAUUGAAUAGCUAAUAUUAGAAAAACACGUGGAGAAAAUACUGAACUGGAAGACUGUGUCGGAGGCAAAGAAUAUGCCUUCGCAUUCCUCACUUGAGAAAAAAGUAUCAGUCACUCUUAAAGCUAUUUCCUAAAACCAAUCUUUUGUUGUUAAAGCUAGGGCGUGAAACCUAUGUGUACUAAACUGUUUCUGUCUUUACGUUACAUGUGCGUGGAGGGAACGUGAUAUCGGUUGGUUUUAUAUUAGUCAUUGUUUUAAGGGUAUAAUUAUGUAGAAAUCACUAAAGACGCAUCUGCGCAUAUUUUUCCGUAGGGAAGAGGUUAUCCGAUUGGUUUACUAUCAAAAAAAGAGCAAAAGCAAUCAGGAGAAUGCCGGUAGUCGAGGAGUUCCUUAAAGUGAGUGACGUUAAGAGCAAAAAACAAUUUAAUUUGUCAAUAUUUUGAAAGGUAGAGGCUUUUUCGCUUACCCCGGGUACUAGAGGUUUUUUCUCUGCUGUUGCGGGAUACUCAGGUGUCCGAAGUCCGAAGCCGCGAGAAAAAAAACUUUAAAUACUUUACAGAAACCGGAAACCGCGCUGGAAGAGUCUCUGGUACCCAGGGUAUUUUUCUCUAAAAAGCAUGUAGAAAUCAAGCAGUCAAACAAAAAGACAAAGAAGGCCACCUGGAAGGCGAAGGGACACGGUCUUUUUUAUUGUUGAUAUUUUGAAAACGAACCUCUAAGUAACUUCGUUCUCUGGGCUUAUUCUUUUUCCUUCGCAUUUUAUACUGGAAAAGCCUUGGUGACGAGGCCAUUAGAUUUUGUCUAUUCUUUGUACUUACGGUUACUGAGAUAUCAGUAACUAAAGCGGUUUUGUAUUCUCGAGCUAUACGGACUUAACAACAUUCGCCUCUUUUAUUUUUUCUAAUCUCGUCCCAGGGCGUGGUUCAUCUUCCGUUGCACAUCUCUGAGUCGGAUGCAGUGAUAACCUUCUUUCUUCCGCUGCCUGAAGAUCUCAUUGGGAUAGACCACGAAGAGAAAGAGUAUGUGACAUAUUAACACAUCUGAGUUGUGCCUUGGUUCAAUUAAAUGGUUGUAUUGGAAAUCAAACUCGUCCUCGGGACUUUCCGGCCCUAUCUGUUUUAAAACGAAAAGCCCUGGGGACGAGGUAAAGAAAAUAAGUGCAGUCAGUCUCCCUGAGAGGACACCUGCCUAAAACAGACACCCAGAGUACAUUUACGUCCUUUCCGUCCUUCAUUAAUUUUAAUUCUCUCCCUCUCUGUGUCGUGGACAUCUCGUGAACACGGACAAUCGGUGUAGGAGUCAUGGGUGUCCAAACACUAUUACCUAUGUCUUGACCACAGAAAAAAACUUUUUUGGUCGAAUAUUCGUAUCUUAGCAGUACGGAUUCGCAUACGAGGAUCAUAAAUUACCCCCUCGUUCAAAUUAUAUUAACAUAUUUUUGACAUAUCAAAGACUGUCUUUCUUAUUUUUGUUUAUGAUCGAGACGUAACAUAAACAUCUCUUGUUGUUUAUAACCAAGAAUUCCCAAAUUCGUUUUCAGGAUGCAUCAGAGUAUCGAUGGCCUAAAACGUGGAUCACAGAAGCCCAAACGUAAGAUUUUGUCUCCUCUUUCCUGACCUAUAAGUGUGAUAUUACUAAUAAUCUUGAUUAUGGAACCGCGUUCGUCUUAUUCUACGAGCAUGACAUCUGCACGAAAACGAGACUAAAGGAAACGAAAACAAGUCCAAAGAAGUCCAGCUUCCAGCGGCCGAGAUGCCCCUGAAAAAAAUUAAUAGGGGCGACUAAUCGGCAGUCGCCCGUGGUAACUCGAAAAUUUCUACCUUUGUGACACAGGAACACCAGAUUAGGAUGCGUUCUGACGAACGCGAAAACUACCCCGAGUAUAAGGGAGUCCCGGUGAAUUCUCAGUUUUGACCCUAGAUCCCCUGUGAUUGGCUGAGAAAUCUCGUCACACUUUUUCAGCCAAUCAGAUUCAGAAGAGGUAACUAAAGACCACAUACUCACCUGGUCGUGCGCUUUUUUCUGCACCUUUGGCGUAGAUACUCUGCGUUUCUUAAUGUUAUGGGGCUACUAAUACAUUGCAGGGUCGUCAAAUCAUGAACGAAUUAACGAUGAAAUACUUCUCAUACAGGAGAGUACCGAUAGUCCUCGGUCUCCUUAGAUACAGUUAAGGAAUCAUAAGACGGACAUCUUUCGAGGUAUACUGUUUGUUAGUAUCGAGUUCAGGAAGAAUACCUUUAAGCAAGUUUAUCUUACACGGACAAUGAUGGUGAUGUUAUUGUUGUUUUGCUCUACAGAUAGAUGCAUACAUCAUAUUUCGGAGCCAAUGUUGGUUGAACAGUAUGUGGUUAUCUGUGAUUACGUCAAACAAGAUGAAAGUGAUAUUAGUCUAAAAUCAGGGAACGUGGUGGACGUCAUCGAAAAAUACGAACACGGUGAGCAAUGAAGAGGUAUACGCUGAAUCUUUUUUACGAGUAAAGGAAUUAAUUUUUUACCACAGUAAUCAGUUUGUAGGUGUUAUUGACCAGAGAUGAGUUUAACCUAGUACACGGGAGAAUCGGCCAAUUUUUUAAUUUUCCUUUCUUUGGCUCGCAAUGUCGGGAUGAUUCCUGGCUUAAGUAAAUUGAGCAAGUAAUUAAUUAAUUAACUAAGUAUUGUAAGUACGAAGUACUAUGAGUAAGUACACUGUAAGUCUUGACCGAGAGGAAGUCGAUAUCUUGUCCGAACAAGCUAUAUCAAUGAAGAAUGAAGAAAAUCUGUUCAUACGGUGAGAGCGGGCAAUCCUGACAAACUGGAAAUGAAAUUGUAAAGCUGGUUCUCAAGUAUAAACCUUUCUGCUAUAAGCUUUAUCACAGCCAUAUUUUGCUAAUUGUAGUAGGCUAUAUAUGUUACCUUUUUUUCUCAAGGUUGGUGGUUUGUGGAUCUUGAUGGCGAGGUAGGUUGGGCACCAGCUUCGUAUCUGGAGCCCAGGGACGGCAGCGAGGAUGAUCAAGUCCUAGAAGUGUUUAAGGAAGGAGAAGGUAAGUAAAAUACAGAAUUCUUUUUUUUUUCCUUAAAAGCAUUUUAUUACACCAAACAGCUAAAUUCAGCCACAUAGUUUGAAUGAAAACUGUUUGUAGACAGAAAUUAGUGAUGGCAGCGUCAACGUAUGAGUAUACAGGUAUAUACAGCUGUACAUAUUCUGCACAGCCAUGCUUACAUGAUAUGAAAGGGUAAGAAGAGGGGUGGCAGGGUAAGGUAACUUUAUAUAAACUAGAGGUAAUCAUUGAUUGCGGAUCCGCGUUAGUCACUUGCGGAAACAAAAUCGAGUCGAAAGGAGUCCAGUUUCCCGGCCGAGAUCCCCCUGAUAAAAUUAAUAGAGGCGGCUAAUCGGCAGUCGCCCGCGGAUAGCUCGGAAAUUGCUACCUUUCUGCCACAGGAACACCAGAUUAGGACGCGUUCUGACGAAUGCGACAACAUGAGAGGUUAAAAAAAUGAUGAUUAAGUGAAUUGUGCCCAGCAACUUAGGUUUUUUAGUCGAUCAAGUCGGGAAACUUCGUUGUAGACUGAGUUACAACUGUAAGUAGGAAACGAUAGAAAACUAUGAGUAGCUGGUACAGGGUGAGGUAGUCGAUCCAAGCUCCUUGAAAUCGUAGAAAUCUGGUUAAUCGAAAUCAACUAUAUAUAUGUCGACUUUCCAAGCCUUAGGGAUAAAGCCCUGGAAACGAGGUUGUUGUUGACCUUGGAAGUUUUUCAAUGAAAUCCCGUUUUCAUUCGACAAACAAUCGACUAGAAAUGGACUAGAAGCCAAUUGCUCGUUGAAAGAAUUCAGAGACGCAAAUGUUGCUUCUUAUUUUCUAUUUAUGGGCGCUCUUGCCUGUCUUUGAGCCUUUUCUAAAAUGCUCUUUGAUAUCUCACAGAGGAAACCUAUAUCACCAUGGCAGGAUACGAGCCUCAGUUAGAAGAUGAGGUUAAUUUUGAUAUGGGGAAGAUUGUUAAAGUUAUUCAGAAAAAUCUUGACGGAUGGUGGCUUAUCAAGUAAGUGCUUUAUUCGCUCCUGGGCUCAUUUGAGUUGUUAUUCAGUUGUUAGGAUGAAAAUGCAGAGGAAAUAUAAUUGAGGCACGCAGAUAUAUAGGCGCACAGUCAUACCACUUUUAGCACGUAUUUGCUUUUUGAUUCCUCACUAAGGAAAAUGCAAGACGUUUCUUUGGUUUAAGAGCGGAUGUCAGUAAAUAUCGACCAGAGGUCUACAAAAGUGAAAAAUCGAAAAUUCUCAAAAACAUUCACAAAAUAGCACUAGCUAAGCUAUUAACAUAAAUGUAAUUUUUACUUCGAUCCGAUAAUUAUUUUCCACGUACGGGGGGGUUAUUGGUUUCGCGGCUCUCGGACUGGGUUUUCCAGGCCCGAGACCAUGUGUCACAAAAAAAUCGUUUUAAAAUUCAAAUCCAUUGUAAUGUGGACAACAAUAACUUAUUCAGAAGAGUACUUAAUUGCACAUAUUCUAAGUGGUGAUUUACUCAGUUUGAACGAAACAGUGAUAUUUUGGAGAUUUUUCAUUAUUUUCAAUAUUUUGAACGUUUUCGUUCAAUGAAAAAAUGGCAAAUUUCAAAGCCCAAAAUCGUCGACUGGUACCUCGAUUUCAGUAACGAGUCUUAUACCAUGUUAAAGAGCGUUAUCUCUUCUUUCAAAAUCUGUUUUCAAAACUACGGGCAACUUAAAAGAAAAUUUUUGAGGCCAAAAAAUACAAGUAGUACUUUUCUGAAAUUUGAGCUUUCCAGACGCGGCGGGCCGAUGCUAAAAACUUGGAAAAAUACAGUAAGAAAUCAGUUUGAGCAAUAGUGGUUUCAUGUUAUCAGCUUUCAGAAACCAAGACGUGUUUAUACAGCGAUCUGAUAUAAAUUAAUGCCGUUUGCUAUCAAGAAAGGCAGAUUUAAGCUGUCAACUCCUGCCAAGUGCACCAGUCACGUGAAGUUGUCAAAGGGAGGGCAAAGCACUAAUAUUAAAAAGUCUUAAAAUUCAAAACGUUUUACGUCCAUGAAAUCAGAUUUUAGCGUACAAAACAAUGUUGUGAAUGUCUGUUGUUCGUACCUUAGCAUGGUGUUUCCAUAUAUUGGAAAUGUCAAGUAUCCACACGGGAGAACAUACCAAACAACAACGUUUCAAAUCCAAGCGCCGAAAGAUCGUAAACGGCAAAGAUUGCGUUACAUUUCACAGAACGACCGCUUACCACUGUUGUCACUCCUUUUUUCGCUGGAAGCUACGAGGAGUUUUCAUUCCGUCAUGAGUGAUUCUUGAUCAGCGUUUCCUUGAAAGUACGACCCCGGACAGGUGAUAACUGAGGACGUUUCGUCAAGACUCCUGUUGUUCAGUUUCAGGCUUUAGCAGGUGCGUAGUCAGGAUUUUUCCGGAGGUACGCCCAACUUUUUCUACAUCUUCUUCCCCCCCCCCCCCCCCCCCCCCCAAAUCUCAACAUUUUUUUAAGGUGCCUUUAUUAAAGGUGGGGUUAACGGUUGUAAGCAAAAGCAUUUUUGCUGUUUAUGAAAUGACACAACCUCUAAAAUUCUUUAAUUCUGUCGGCUUGUUAUGUUCAUUGACGUCAACCGUUUAUCAUUAAUUCAGCUAUUAAAAAUCAAGCUUGUAGUACCUCCGACUUUAGUUUACAAAUGACUCUUUUUACCCCUUUUUGUCACAUUAUUUUUGACCGACAAAAGCACCACACAUUGACGUAAUUGUGCCCUACUUCGUCUACUCCGAAGACAGGUCGUGGAGAAAACAACGCGUUCACGCUUUACAUCAUCAAGCUUGCUAUAUAAAUAAAUCAUCCAAGAUUCGGUUCUCCAAUUAAUGUCGUCGCUUCUCUGGAAACCGAUUUUUUUUAGUUAUGUUUAUUUCAUUCUAUUUUUUUCCUCAACGUUUUCGGGUACGCACGUGCAAACCGUGCGUACAAGUAGCUACGCCCCUGUUUAGUCUCCUUAGCCCUGAGCGUUCCUCUCUUGCGGUUUUCGCGGGAGUUCAGGAUGUGGUCCACCCAGUAUUUCACGUCUCUUUUAAAUGAGAGGCAGCACUUCUUGUUUACCGUUUCGUUAUCAGACAGCGCUUAGGCUCUUAGCCUUUCAUUUAAUUUUGAUCAAAUUUUUAUCAUUUAGUUACUCAGUAUACGUUCGAUCCUGUCCUUGUAAACUUAUACUUUUAUACUUUAAGGGAGCUUAAUACCUAUAUUAAUUUUUUCUUCGUUUAGUGUCGUCCAAAAGACCCAGUUUUUUGGCAUUUUUUAAAAAAGCAAGAAAAAGAAACGACAAGGUUUAUUUUUUUUGGACUUAGAUUAAUUCUUUUAAUCUAAAAAAUUAGCAUUAUAACAUCAUUUCGAGGCAUAAAACGUUCGGUGGUGUAUCCUCUUUGCUUUUUACCCUUUUUGGGCCUUUUUUUUUUGAAAUUGACCAUCAAAUUUUCCGCCAUAUUGAGUUUGUGUCGAUUUGGUGACCAUGUCUUGUUGUUUUCAGUCUCCACGGCAAUGAUGCUGGUGUUUCAGGCCUCCCGUUCUCAGAUUUCUUGUGAUUUUUUUUUUCACCCCACCGACCGACCCGCCCAAAACCAGGAAACCUAUUCGACGCUAAACGAACGAAAAGGGGAUGACCUAAGCCUUAUGGUUUCUUUUUGGGCUUCCUCACCACAUUGCUUCUGCGUGUUUCUGUAUACUUGUCUUUUGCUUUGUUUUGUUCUUUUUUGUCGGUAAAAUAAACUGAAACUGUACAAAGACCCUCAAUAUUCCCUUUGGAGGUUCUCGAACGCGCAUAAAAAAAAUGAAAAACGCGAUGAUUUAUUGACCGCAAGGGCAAUGGGGUGGGGUUAGGGCUCGUUACUGCGCUCCGGUUCACUCGUACGCUGUCAAAUGGUCCCGAAAUACAAAAUGAAAAAUGACUGUGGACAGACUAUUCACGUCUAGACAUCAAGCAUCUUUUAAGAUGGGACUUAUCGCCUCUCCCUGUUCAUGGAGUUGAUUCAAGGUGUUGACGUUAAUUUCGUGAUGCCCUGCAUGUUGCCAGGACAUGUUUCAAAAGGGCCUUUCCAAAGGUACGGAGUCCGCCGUCACCUUGUCAACCGUGCGAGAAAUGAUGUACUUCACAAAAACAAAGAGAAGUUAUUUUCGAUUUGCCCCGCCCCCUACCCCCGAAAGUCCCCGACAGGACCGCUUCAAAGUACUCCCCAUGUGGUUGCGCGGGGGAUAGUAACAGGUCUACCUAAUUGCACCGUGCAUCAAUGACAGUUUAGCUCAAUCAGAAGCCCCUUUUCCCUGGCUAGUUCAAGGUGUGUGCACCUCCUUUAAGCUGUUGUUUUCGGUUCUUACUGAAAUUUUUGAUCUUGAGGAAAUUCACAACGACAGGAGCAGGUUAUGGGCUUUUUUCCUAGCCCUAAUCCUACAUCACGGGAAAUCCCUCAGGUUAGGCAAGAAUUCGAUAAUCCUUCCAUAAUCAUCCAUUUUUUCACCGCGUGAAUUGGGUAUUUUUAGCUUAUUUCGAGGAAAUACUUUUUGCUUCAAAUCCAGGGUGGGCUUUUAAACACAUUUUUUAAGCCAAAUGGUUUUUGCGAGAAUCUGCUUACCCGAACUUUUCGCAUAAAAAACGACAAAUACCCGAAAAAAGCUCAUGUUGUUGGUGGUGGUGGCAUAUUUCCGAUAAAUUCAGCUCAAUGUCUCGUGAAGAAGAGUUCAGAUCCGUGCCGCGCGCCUCUCGAGGCAAGCGUUCCGUCGAAAUGCGAGCCCAAAAACAGGUGGUAAGCGGUCAAUCUGUGAAAAGUAACGCAAUCUCCGUCGUUUGAGAGCAGCCGAAGAUGCUCUUGCCGAUGCUGUCCUUGAUGUUUUUUAUUUCCAGUAUCUAGGAAACCCAUGCUAAGGUAUGAAACAUACACUCGUAGGCAUUGUUCUGUCCGCUAAAGUCUAAUUCCUGGACGCAGAAACGUUGUGCUUUUUGAAGUUUAUUAUUGUGCUUUGCCCUUUGACAACCUUACGUCACUCGUGCGUUUGGUAGCAGAAGAUGGCUAAACUCUGCUUUUCUUGUUGGAAAACGGCUUUAAAUUUUAUCAGAUCGCUCGAUAAACACGUGUUGGUUUCUGAUAGCUGAUAACGUUAAAUCACUGUUGCUCAAACUGAUUUCUUAUUGCAUUUUUCUGAGUUUUUAGCAUCGACCCGCUGAGUCUGGAAAGCUCAAAUUUCAGAAAAGUACUACUAGUAUUUUUUGGCCUCAAACAUUUUCUUUUAAGUUGCCCGUAGUUUUGAAAACAGAUUUUGAAAGAAGAGAUAACGCUCUUUAACGUGGUAUAAGACUCGUUACUGAAAUCGAGGUACCAGUCGACGAUUUUGGGCUUUGAAAUUUGCCAUUUUUUCAUUGAACGAAAACGUUCAAAAUAUUGAAAAUAAUGAAAAAUCUCCAAAAUAUCACUGUUUCGUUCAAACUGAGUAAAUCACCACUUAGAAUAUGUGCAAUUAAGCACUCUUCUGAAUAAGUUAUUUGUUGUCCACAUUACGAUGGAUUUGAAUUUUAAAACGAUUUUUUUGUGACACAUGGUCUCGGGCCUGGAAAACCCAGUCCGAGAGCCGCGAAACCAAUAACCCCCCCGUACGUGGAAAAUAAUUAUCAGAUCGAAGUAAAAAUUACAUUUAUGUUAAUAGCUUACCUAGUGCUACUUUGUGAAUUUUUUUGAGAAUUUUCGAUUUUUCACUUUUGUAGACCUCUGGUCGAUAUUUACUGACAUCCGCUCUUAAAUUUGGAGAUCUCCCCGAGGCAAGCAUGCUACAGUACUCUCUUGCGAUACAGUCAGUAUAUAGAGAAUAAUUCAAAGAGAAACUUAAAAUGUGUUUUCCACCAGGGUGGAGGCCUUAACGAAAGUUUGGGUAGGGUGUGGUUACUUAGCCCCUUAAAUCCUUAUGCAGCAAAUACCUUCAUUUUUCUACCCUUCUAAAAAAAAUCGCCCCGGCUUAUAUGAGGCAGUUGUCUUAGCUAUUCACAAUUUAAACAUGGUUGGUUAAAGUGGAAUGGUUGGAAAACCCAUUGUUAUAGGUUUUUGUUAGCUUUUUUGGACCUGACCGUGCACAACGUUCAAUAGCAAUUCUAUCAUUUUGAAGUUAUUGACCAAUAGAAACAUUGCCUUAAUUUAUUCAGUCAUAAUUUGUGAACAGAAAACAAAGGAUUGUGCACCGUCAGAAAGAUUACAACCAGGGGCGUAGCUAGGGGGGUCCUGGGGUGCCCGUGACCCCCCCUUGAUAGGCCUUCUUUUGAGCAAACAACCUACAAUAUUCAGGUAGCGAAAACGCCAUGACAAUAUCUUGGUCGUAAAAGCCAUUGUUGAAAAGCCCAAUUUUUUAAAAUUUGUUUCUUUGUGAAGUAUUUUCGUCAACGGCUCUUGUCUUUAGUUAAUAUGGGCGUAGAGGUCGACAUAACAAUCUGGUGAGUAGCCUCUGUGACACCCCCCUUCGAAAAAUCCUGGCUACGCCCCUGACAACAUAACCUAAAGCACCAUUGUUUGCAACUUUGAUGUUUGACGGGUCUCCUAACCAGUCUCCGUUACUAACUAUGAUCUAAAGAAGUAGUGAAAGUGACACCAGUCUUUCUCUGCAGGUUCGACGAUCAGGAGGGUUGGGCGCCAUCAAUGUUCAUGAGAGAAAUCGCCACUUCGCGUUACAACGAGCGAGAAAAGGGGAAGCAUAAGGCCAGGGCCCUGCUUAGAGAUCAUACCCGGAAAUACAUCACAUCUGGUAAGAAAAAUAAAGGUCACAUAAUGGAUAUGGAGUAAUUGGGUCAUCUAAGAGGAAUAUUCUCCUCUAAAAGUCAAUUACAAGUGGUUUUCUUGAUAUUUUUUUCAGAAAUUAAACUCCCAUAUGAAAAUUCUAUUCUCCCUCUCCCUUUCAGGCAGAAGAAACACUUGGAAACCACCCCAAAGAAAAAGGAGUGUUGUAAGUAUACACAUACUCCACUCAGUGAUAUUGGUAUUUUAAGUAAUCUUAUUGGCUCACAAUAUCAGAUUACUACUUGAAUUAUUAUUUAAAUUGUACAGAAGGGCAUGGAGGUAUUAAAUGCUAUUGAAACCUUUUGGUGAGGAAGGUAUCCCAUUCCGUCUCAGAAUAAAAUAAAAUAGAUGGAUAAGAGUAGGUUUCUUUUAAGCGGAGAAAGCAAUCAAUCUCUCUCAGUUUAGAUAAUACCUUGCCUCUCUUACGAUUUUUUAUUGGUCAAGGCACAUAAAAAGCCUAAGACGUAACGGCUCCUUUUCGUUUGGUUAACUCUGUAGGUCCUAAUGUUAAAUUUUAAAAAUAUGUUUACAUUGUCCUCUAUACAUUUCACACUGUGCUAUUGUAAUGUACUGGGUUUCACGUAUUUAGAAGGCGAAUUCGAACAGUAAAACGUAACAAGCAUGUCCGGCUAAGCACAUGGUAAAACAAUGAACGAACUACGCACGCGCAAAGUACGGGAUAUAAUCGCUACUGAGAAUAAUUUGUUAGGUCUAAGACCAGGAGACAGCAUUUUGGGUGCGAAAAGUUUUGAACCCAUGAGUCAUUUCAUAGGUACAUUGAGCAUGAUCGUCCGGGUGAUCCUAGUCCUGAAUAGGACUGUUAUUGACAGUGACUGACGUNCGGAGAAAGCAAUCAAUCUCUCUCAGUUUAGAUAAUACCUUGCCUCUCUUACGAUUUUUUAUUGGUCAAGGCACAUAAAAAGCCUAAGACGUAACGGCUCCUUUUCGUUUGGUUAACUCUGUAGGUCCUAAUGUUAAAUUUUAAAAAUAUGUUUACAUUGUCCUCUAUACAUUUCACACUGUGCUAUUGUAAUGUACUGGGUUUCACGUAUGUAGAAGGCGAAUUCGAACAGUAAAACGUAACUAGCAUGUCCGGCGAAGCACACGGUAAAACAAUGAACGAACUACGCACGCGCAAAGUACGGGAUAUAAUCGCUACUGAGAAUAAUUUGUUAGGUCUAAGGCCAGGAGACAGCAUUUUGGGUGUGAAAAGUUUUGAACCCAUGAGUCAUUUCAUAGGUACAUUGAGCAUGAUCGUCCGGGUGAUCCUAGUCCUGAAUAGGACUGUUAUUGACAGUGACUGACGUUUCGACAGCCUAUGCAGUAGUCAUCUUCAGAGUUAAAGUGAGUUGUAUCACGUCAGUUGAUGAUAUUGAACUCUGGUUAUUGACCUGAUUGGUCAAUAAAGGUUCGCGAUGUUGGGUGACCAUUGUUGAUAUUAUUGACAUUAUAAAAUCACUUGAUGAGUUGUGAGAGGGUUAAGCAUGAGAGAGUUUGUCUUCUUUUAAACAUACUUUUCACAUUUCUCUCCUCAGAAGAGAACUUACCCAGGGCAUGGAACCAACCAAACGGGAUCUACUCGCUCCGCUGCUACACCAACUUACGUAAAUUUAAAGUUUCACGAGGCCACUAAAAGUGAAGUACCGGGUAAAGGACGAACCAGAGGGAAACUAGACCCCAAUGAAGUACGGACUAGCGCCAGACUUCAGCCAAUAGAUGACAUGAAAAAUAAUACGAAAGAUACCUAUGAAAACAGUAUUGAAUUAUCAAAACCAAGGCCCUUGUCGUUAGUAGCAGAAGAGGCUCCCGAAACUGUGUCCCGAGGGACAAGUCCUAUUCCCAGCCCAUUGUUGGUGCAUCAGGAUUCAAACAAUAGCAGUACUUCUUCUAGUGACCAUGUCUUUCGCUCGAUACCCUCGAGUGAAUUUCCGUUCACACAGACUAGUGAUAACGACCCAUUCAAGGAGGAUAACCAAGAACCUGAGCCAGAGUCUAAUCCCGCACACGAUGUCAAUGAUUCAGAGAAUGAAGCUGUUAAGGACAACCAAGACAUAAGUGAUGAAGACGAAGGCGACGAGUACACAGAAAACAUGCCGGAACUGGUCAAUAACAGAAGGUUUUACGCAAUGGGGUCAUACAAAAAACAGGAUGAAGAGGAAGUGAAUUUGCGAGAGAACGCUGAGGUGGAAGUGCUAGAGGAAGAUUCAGGAGGUUGGUGGCUAGUGAGGACAUCAAGUCAUUCUGUAGGCUGGGCACCUUCAAAUUUCUUGGAAAAGGUUCAGAGUUUGAGCAGAGUUGAGGAUAAUUCUGAUGAGGAUGAAUUGCCGGUUGAAAAUAACUAUCAUGAUAAUUUACCAACCCGCCCGCCAAAAUCGCCCAGAGUUCAAAAGAUGGCGCGUGACAUGUGCAUCGAGAAGAACUUUUGGAAUUAUAUUCGCAAAGGUAAAGGCAUGGAAACUUGUCCAAUUAACCCACAGGAGAUAAUGUCUGAAAGCUCUAGUGAGGUAGAUACCGGGAAUUAUCAACCUGCCGAGGAGGCGGAAGGCAAUGAAAGCGAGGUAAUGGUCUUUACAUUUGACGAUUAUGAAUGCGAUCCCGAUUCUAAGGUUUGCUUCAGAAAAGGUCGAAAAAAGGAUGGAAUGAAAUAUUUUCCCUCGAAUAAAAUCGUGGCCCAUGAUAACAAUAUGAAUAUUUUGGAAGAAAACAACAAUGUAAUGGAAAGAUCGGAAAGUGUACCAAGUUUGGCGGAACCCGAAGAUUUUGACGAUCACGACUACGAGUUUAUAGAAUUAUAG